AUGGCGGUCGCAACCCAACAGAUGCCGGCUCUGCCCCUGGAUGUGGGGGUGAAGCCAACAGACAAGGGAACGAAUGUGGACGAUGAUUCGCAGAUUGUCACUAUCACGGACUUGCUGCUCAGCAAAGUCCGCGAGACACCAGAUGCUGUCUUCAUACAACAUCCAGCCACCGCAAAGGGUAAGAGUGACUACGUCGGAUAUAAAGUCACCGACGUCGAUCGAUUGGCGGACGAGGCUGCCCGCCAGUACGUCGCUCGAGGGCUUCGUCCUGAGCCAACAACAGAGAAGUGUGAGGUGGUGGCGCUGCUGGCAACGUCCAAUCUCGACUAUGUCGCGUCGCUGCUGGCAUUGAGCCGGAUGGGCUUCUCAGUUUUGUUCCUCUCGACUAGACUGGCCACAGAAGCUUACGUGAACCUCCUACGUCUUACCGGGUCGCAAAAGCUCGUGGUUGGCAAUGAGUUUCAAACGACGGCAGAGCAGAUCAGAGAACAGUACCCAUUAUUAUCUUACAAUAUCGUUGAAAGGCCCGAGUAUGACCUCCCAACUCCUUCAGGGCCUCGAUUCCCUUACACUCGACCGCCAAAUGCAUCCAAACAAAUUUCUUUUAUCGUUCACUCUUCGGGCUCUACCGGGCUACCUAAGCCAAUCUAUCAGACUCAUUCCGCAUGCCUCGCAAAUUACUCGAGCGGCAUCCCGUACCGGGCCUUUUUGAUGCUGCCACUUUUCCACAACCACGGAAUCUCCGUCACAUUUCGGGGCUUGAUUGCUGGGAACAGGAUAUCCAUGUACAAUGCCAAUUUGCCUCUGGCUGGAAGCACCCUUAUCGAGUCUUUGAAGGCAACUCAGCCUCAAAGCCUACAUUGCGUCCCAUACGCCUUGAAGCUAAUGGCCGAAACCCCGGGGGGGAUCGAGGAGCUGAAGAAGUUGAGCCUCGUGAUGUACGGCGGCAGCAGCUGUCCGGACGACCUAGGUGAUAGACUGACUGAGGCCGGUGUCUAUGUAGUAGGACAAUAUGGAACUACGGAAACGGGCCAACUCAUGUCUUCUUUCCGAGAGGAGGGUGACAAGGGGUGGAACUACAUGCGACCCUUCCCUGCGACGAAACCAUUCAUCAAGAUGGUCCCGAGAGGCGCAGACACAUUCGAGUGUGUAGUUCUCGAUGGAUUACCGUCCAAGACUAUGUCGAAUUCUGAUGACCCUCCAAAUUCCUACCACACCAGAGACACAUUCAGCCCACACCCGACAAUUCCAGACGCAUGGAGGUAUCUCGGACGGCUCGAUGACAGGGUGACUCUUGUCAACGGAGAGAAGGUGCUCCCGAUCCCCUUCGAGCACACCAUCAGGCAGCACGACCUGGUGCAUGAAGCCGUGGUUUUUGGUGUGGAGAAAGCUGUUCCGGGUUUGAUGAUUGUCCCGAGUGACAAAGCGGCGUCGUUGACAAAAGACGAGAUACUCCAGGCCAUUCUGCCGAACAUUGAACUUGCGAACUCCAGAGCCGAGGAAUUCGGACGUAUCUCCCGGGAGAUGAUCGAGAUUCUGGACGUCGGCACAGAUUACCCCCGGACCGACAAGGGCACAGUCAUACGGGCGGCAUUCUAUAAGCAAUUUGCGAAGCAGAUUGACGACACCUAUGACCGCUUUGCUGCACCACAGGCCAACCUACUUGCCCUGGAGUAUGAUGAAUUGGUCAAAUACCUUCUUGAUGUCUUCCGUGUCAACUUGGGUGUCACGAACUUAGAGUCCACAACGGACUUCUUUGAGGGUGGAAUUGACAGUCGCCAAGCCAUUACUGCUCGAGCUCAGAUCACCAGGGAACUCGACGUUGGGGGCAAAUCUGUUGGAUCUAAUGUCAUAUUCGAAUAUCCCAACGUCGAACUUCUUGCCAAGCACUUGUACUCACUGAGAACAGGCGUGGCAGAGGAGGCAGACGACGAGGUCGCAGCGAUGGCUCAACUGAUUCAAAAGUACUCGGAUUUCCCUACUCGAGAGCCCGGAUUUACUCAGCCAGAUGGUGAAACAGUGAUAUUGACAGGCGCUACUGGAUCACUGGGAGUGAAUAUACUAGCCCAUCUGCUGAGGAAACACAGUGUCAAAAAGGUGUUCUGCCUAGUAAGAGCGACGACAGAGGACUCGGCCAAAGGCCGAGUCCUCUCGACACUUGAAGGGAAAGGUUUGCCUUCGCUCAGAGAGGAAGACUUUUCCAGAGUAUCCUUCCUGCCAGCGGACCUUUCUCAACCAUCUCUCGGGCUAGACGAAGAGAUCUUGGCGGAGAUUCGCCAAAGCCUGACACUUGUCAUUCACUCCGCUUGGGCCGUCAACUUCAAUCUCGGUGUCCGCAGCUUCGAGUCUCAGCACAUCAGAGGAGCGCACAAUCUGAUCAGUCUGUGCCUGCAAACCAGAACUGUGGAUCCAGCUCGGUUUUAUUUCUGCUCAUCGAUCUCCGCCGCGGCCGCCACCCCUCUGCCGGCGACCAUUGAGGAGAUUCAUAUUGACAACCUUGCUCAUGCUCAACCUAUGGGUUACGCGCGCUCAAAGCUGGUCACAGAGCACGUAAUUAAAAAUGCCGGCGAGAAGACUGGCAUGACAGCCACCGUGUUGCGCGUGGGGCAGAUUGUGGGAGACACAAAACAUGGUUCGUGGAACACCACAGAGGCGAUCCCCUUGAUGAUCCAGAGUGCAACGACCAUGGGUGCAUUGCCAGCGCUUGACGAGACACCAUCUUGGAUGCCGGUUGACCUCGUGGCGCAAGCUGUAAUCGAAUUGUCCGGCGUGGACAGAGACGGAUAUGUGCCAAAAUCCGCCGUAUACAACGUCCAAAACAACAACUUGUUCCAUUGGACAAAAGAUCUUCUCCCUGCGCUCAGAGACGCCGGGCUUGACUUCAAGACAGUAUCCCAGCGCGAAUGGGUUGACUUGCUCCGCAAGUCUGACCAGAACCCGGAAACCAACCCGACAAUCAAGCUGGUGGAUUUCUUCGCUGCGAAGUACGACAAUGACAAACCCGGUAGGAGCGGGCUCAAGUUCUCUACUAAGAAGGCAGAGACAGAGAGCGAGGCAAUGAAGAGAGGCUACGAUGUAGUCGGCAGCGGCUUGGUCGAGACAAUGGUGGCAUGGAUGAAGAGCCACUGGUAG